AUGAGGAGUGAAGGAAAUUGCAAGGUUUGUGUGACUGGAGGUGCAGGUUACAUUGGUUCAGCUCUAGUUCACUCACUUCUUCAAAAUGGUUACACUGUCCAUGCUACUCUAAGAAACCUGGGUGAUGAAUCAAAGGUGGGACUUUUGAAAAGUUUUCCAUGGGCACAAGAAAGGCUUCAUUUGUUUGAAGCUGAUAUUUACAAGCCAAAAGAGUUCGAAAAGGCAAUACAAGGUUGUGUCUAUGUUUUCCAUGUUGCAACCCCCAUGCAACACACAACUGGCUACAAGUACAAUAAUUUUGUUGAGGCGGCUGUUAAUGCGGUGAAAGAGAUCAUUGAUGCUUGCAAAAAGUCGAGGACAGUGAAGCGCCUCAUCUACACUGCUUCUGUUGUUGCGGCUUCGCCUUUAAAAGAUGAUGCGAGCGGUUAUAAGACUACCAUGGAUGAAAGUUGUUGGACAUCUCCUCAUCUCAAUGUCCCUUACACAAAUGAUUUCUUAGAGGAUUACACAAACUCCAAAACAAAAUCAGAGCGAGAAAUACUGAAAAUUGAGGAAGAGACGGUGAAUGAGUUGGAGGUAGUGACAUUAAGUUGUGGGCUCGUGGGUGGUAGAGGACGUCUACCAUACCCAACAGUCACUGUGUUGAUGUUCAUAUCGCAAAUUGCCAACAAUUGCACAAAUUACCAAUCACUAAGGUACUUAGAAGAAUUGCUAGGGAAAAUUCCAAUUGUGCACAUCGAGGACAUUUGUCGAGCACAUAUAUUUUGUGCAGAGACGCCUUCGGUUAAUGGAAGGUUCUUAUGUGCUAGCUCGUAUGUAACAAGUGCAGAUAUUGCAAAGUAUUAUCAGAAAAUGUACCCGCGAUUAAACAAAGAGUGUCUAGAAGAACAUGGGAGAGAAAUUAAAUGGGGAUCGAAGAAGCUAGAGGAUAAAGGUUUUGCUUACAAAUAUAGUACCGAGAAGAUCCUUAAUGAUUGUCUUGAAUUUGCCAAGAGAUCAGGCGAUAUCUAG